AUGAAGACCAACUUCCUCAUCGUCCUCGCUACCGCUGCGGCCAGCGUGCUCGCCAACCCCGCAGCAAACCUCGACGGCAACCUCGCCGCGCGAUCUGGCACUUGCCACAAACCGAGCUCGUGCAGCAAGUUCUGGGCUGGCAAAUGCGAGCAGUACUGCGACCCUUACAAGUUCUCUCAUAUGACGGGCGACGGCUGCAAUAGGCUACCCCCGGGUUGCCUGCCAGUCCUAUGCAGGGCCGAUCGGAUAUAUCACAUUGUAUCAUCUGAUCUGAAAUCCAACGGGCGGCGAGAGCUAAAUGUAUGA